CGUCGCGACACUUGGACGUUUCGAGGCCGUUCGGUCGUCCUCGGUAAAUGUGCUGCUGGUAAACUUUUUUCCCAUACAUUGUAUCGGUACUUACAUCCAUCCCCGUGUAAUAAAAAAAACGUAUCAUCAGCUUGGAUCGUUUAUUCUACAUCACGUAACAUAUUUAUACCGUAACGUGUCCAGUUCAGUAUUUGUGUACCAACUCAUGAGAUCUCUGGUAUGAAUUUCAUCAGCGGACACAGAAUAAUAAAGGUGUUGUCAUCGGGGCGGGCGGAUUAAAAAAGUCAAAGGCUUUUGGCAUCCUCGCUUCGGGAAAAAGCUGAAGGAUACGAGGGAAGUCGCUGGACAAGAGGAAGACGAAGGUGUAAGGAGGUUGCUGGUGGGUGAGAGGAAGAGGAUGCGAGAAACAAAAGUGACCGGUAGCUGGUGACUGGUGGUGGUUAUAGUGGAGGUGGGAGUGGUGGUUUACCUGGUGGUGAGGCAUUCGGCCAGACUAGAAGGUGCAAGAGCAUUAAUUGGGACUGGUGGUGGUACCCUCGAUGCUUACGUUACGCCUCGUGUCGACGCACUUCUUGAAGCAACCAUAGGGAGAUAUCCGCCGCCUCGGAAGCGUAAAACCAAAGCUUUUGUAUGAUGUGCCGUGAUAGGGACAUGAACCCAGUGCUCCUUUCAAUCCUCCAUGAAUUGUACUUCUGGUCGAUAAGAGCGAAAUAAAAAAAUUUUAUUUAAAAAUAAAUAGCAGACAUCAUCCCACGAUUUAUUCAUCGGGAUAAUAAUAAUUCAUCAAGCUUAUUAUAUACGUAAUUUUUUUAUACCCAUUGAUAGCAAGAAAUCCUCACGCUUGUUGAAGAAACAACUCAUCUAUACAUCGUUGUUACCAUUAAUUAUCAACUAUUGAUAAUUAAUUGCCGUUAGUUACUAUUAACAUUUUUAUUUAUAAAAUAAUAGUAAUAAUAAUAAGAUUAAUAUUAAUAAUAAUAGUAAUUAUACUUGGGAGCUGGGCUUCCGUUUGUUGUUCAAACGACGGGCGAGUUUGUUGCUCGUCCCUAAAGCCGUUUGCCGGGACAACACGGCGCUGAGACUGAAUUUUCUAUACUUCAAUCUGUGGAGAGCUGCGAGAGAGUGCAUUUGCGGCAGCGGGUCGCGAGGAAGACGGACUGGGAUGAGACGUCCGCAGCAAGAAGCUCUCCAAGAGGAUAAUCACCAGCAUCGACACCAUCAUCAUCCUCUUUGUCAAGGCACUUUGCCGUCAUGUUCAAUAGAGCCGCGACGUAACGAUAAGGAGGAAUCAAGACUGGCACGAGUUAAACGUGCGCUGACUGGAUCACUGUUGGGACGUGUUGGAAAUGGUAAUUGUAACCGAGUUUUCGGAGCACGGUUGGAGCUGGUGGAGUCGUAUCUAGACACAGGAGUGCCCUAUGUUGUUCAUCGACUCUGUAACUAUAUAGAGAAGCAUGGGUUUGAUAGUGCGACGUUGUUUCGAUUGUCUGGUGGGAGUCCACGACUUACUGAACGGCUCAGAGCAACAUUCGAAAGGAAAGGGGACGCGGAUCUCGAAGCUGCUGCGUGUCCUUCAACCGCGGCUACACUGUUGAGACAGUACCUGAAAGAGUUACCACAACCACUUGUUCCGUCUUCACUCGUAUCGAGACUUUUACACGUUCACUCACAAGAGUAUGAACAUCACCGCGAAGUAUGGAUCGAAAGAACGCAACAGCUUCUGCGGUGCCUACCACCCUCGCACUAUCGUCUUCUGGGUUACCUCGUCCACCAUCUCAGCAGCUAUGAGGCCCGACAUGGCAGAAGUUCUGGAGUGUGCGGCGUAUUUGCACCUGUCGUACUUCCCCACGUCCCACCGGCCACGACUCUUCUGCGGGACAUAAUUACCGAGGCUUCAAAACUAUUUCCCGACUGCACUAGGGAUUCGUCAGCUUAUCCAGUGAUACCAAACGACUGCGAAGUUUGCUGUAACAAACCAAAGGACGAGAAAAAUAACUCAUCGUCAACCAGUACGGGUUUGCUUUGCGCGCUGAAACCGCGUAAACGUAAAGAACGUCGCGAAUCUUGUUGCCAAGAAAGAAAACUCAUAAGGAGUAACAGCGAAGAGCAAAUUUUAGAAAGCCCGCCGAAUGGUGUGGAGUCAAUCCGCAGGGUCAGCAGUCACGAAGAUUUCAACAGUGAUAAGCAUUUGCAUAUUAUUUAUCCUGAUCCAGACAUGGGACAUGGAGUGAGAUGUACCGGGUUGCCUCUGCACGAGAGAACUAACGUUUCCCCGGUAUCAACAAAGCCAUCACCAUUACCCUCGCCUUGUGACAUUCUGCUCAGUGCUGAACGACUUGAGUGUGAUGUAGAGCGAGUACGAAGCACUGAGAGGUUCAGUAGAAGCAUUGCCCCUCGUGGGAGACGUGUAAUGAGACAUAAAAAAACACACAAGGGUCUGGAGAUUGAUCUCAACUCCAGCAAGGAAAAUAAUGCAAAUGAAAACGAAGAGCCGGAGUCAAAUUUAUAUAUAAAUAUAUCGGAUUCGAAUCGUCGUAAUGAAGGGACUGGACAAAGUUUUCUUGAAAUGUUGAGCAGCGGACCGAGCAGAUCGCCAUCGCCCGCUCGACCGCUUUCACUAGAUAACGAAGAUUUGAACAAUCCUGUGCCAACGAAUUGGGGCUUUCAGCGUAGACAGACAGACGAGGAAGAGGAGGAGGGUGACACUAAUAAUGUUGAAGCGAUGUUGUCACCAAGAAAUUCUUUAUUGUUGCCGCGUAGAUUUUACUCUGAAAACGACGUCCCGCCAAGUGUUCCAGGACCAACAGAACUUGGUCUUAAGACCCUGACUAAGCACAUAAACGGAUUAAAGAAGAAAAUAAAAAAAUACGAGGACGAGUUUGAAGAGAAUUUUGGAUAUCGUCCAAGCCAUUCGGACAAGAUGAGCAAUCGUGAUAUCAAGAGACUGUGUUCGGAGCUUAAUAAACUGCGUAAAGAACACAAAAUGCUCAAGGAGGAUCCAAUCGGGCUGCUACGAGCGACUGCUAAUCGAAACAAUUCACUUGAUAAUGCCACUCAGAUAAACAACAACAACAGCCCGGAGAAAUCUCGUGCUAUAUUGAUGGAGGAUAUGUUAAAGGACGUGGAAAGGAAGCUCUCUGAAAAGAGAUCCAAGUACGGACGACCGGACAGUUUGGAAGAAAUGACCUACGAGCAAUUGCUUGAUGAAAAAACAGCAGUUCAGAAAGCUCUGCUACAGAUUGAAGGUGCGUUCGGUAGACCCGUUUCCAAGGAGGACCGCUCGGUCGUCCGGACUCUGUACGACCGUUACCGCGCGUUAAAAAGACUGCUAAUAAGAGCUGGGUCCAGCAAAAACAAAGACAGCAUUUCAGAGCUAGCAACGAUUCUGGAGCACGAAGCCAUGGACUUUACAUCAUCAUCUCUUCCUGGAAGUGCCGGUGACGGCGACAGACGAGCAAGUGAACCUGACAUGUCUCAUCGCGGAAUCUUGGACUGCAUUGACGCGCCCGAUCCACUGCCCACUGACAGCGACAGCCAGCACAGCAGCAGUGAAGGCAGUCGAGGUGGUCCCGGUGAAAGUCUCCACGCUCUUCCCCAAGAAGAUCUCAUCGCCCAACAGCGAGUCAUGAGAGAGGAAAAAAAGUGUCUCAGACGAGCUUUGAAGGAACUUGAAGCUCAAUUUGAAGCCAGAGCCGGCCGACGCAUGCAACGAGAAGACCGCGGACCUCACGUCACUACAAUCUACGAGUCUUACAAACAAACUAAAGCCAAAUUGCGACUUAUUGAUGCCCUUUUAUCAAAAACUGCUUGACGUAGUUUCUAACGUUCUUAUAUCGAUAAUAUAUAUAUGAGAAUAAUCAUCAUGUUGACGGUUUAUUAUUACUAUUAUUUGAUCUCACAGACAAAAAACUUUUUUAUUAUUGAUAAAAUAUUCCUCAAAGGUCAUGUUAAUUUACAUAGAUAUUAUUGAUCAAGUUGAGCUUUCAUUCUAUUUAUUUAUUGAUGUUUAUUUAAAGUUGGACGGUAUAUUAUAUAAAGAAACUUGCAUUCAAAGACGGCUUAAAUUUAGAUCAGUUCUUCGGUUAAGAAAAUUAAUUAAAAAAGUUUAAAAAAAACGGGCAAAUAUUUUCAUAAAUUUUAAAAUAACGUUUCCACGUCAUAUAUAUAUAUUUAAAUAAAAAAAAAUAUCUAUAUAUAAUGAUUGAUUUAUUUGUUUGUAUACGUUAUUUGUUACACUUUGAUAUUUAUAAAUGGAAUAUACUCUUGUCGCAAACUUAUUUUUUUCUCGUUUAUUUUUGGAGUUUAAAUAUGUAAAUAAUUAACAAUUACAAUAACAUAAAUAUAUAUUACUAUAUUUAUAGUUAUAUAUUAUGCUCGGCGUUAGCGAGAAUAAUAUAGAGAAAAAAAAUAAAAUAAUAAUAAUAAUAAUAAUAAAGAUGGAUUAUUUUGUAUUGCGUAGAAAUAUCUAUGAAAGAUAUAUCAAACGUUGUAUAAUAAUUACGUGGAAAUCCUAUCAACUGUUAUCGUCUUGAAUAACACGUACAAAAAAAAUAAAAAGAAAAAAAAAUACUUAAGAAAUCUAUUGAGCUUUGAAAGAAAAAAUUUUUUAAAAACAAAAUAAUAUUAAUAGUAAUAAAUAUUAUUAUUAAAUAUAACGAUAAAUAAUUAUGAUGAUGAUAUUUUCUGCACAUUUCAUUGAAUGAAAGUGCUUGUGCGUUGAUGAAUGCUCAAAAAUAUAAACUUGACAAUGAAAUUAUAUAUUUAUUGUUUGUUUGUUUUUUAAAGUUAUUAUUAUUAUUAAAUAUUUUUUUUUCUUAUACGUGUUCUCACAUGUUUUUUUUUUUAAUACCAAAGCAUCUUUAGUCUGUGAUAUGAGAGAUAUUUUGUGUCAUGAACGGAUGAAAAUAUAAAUUUAUUUAAUAUUAAUAAUUAUUUCCAUUUAAUUAUAAAUUUAUAAAUUUGUUUAUUAAAUUUUUGUUGGUUUUUCUACUAACACUUUUGUAAUUUGAGAAAAAAAAGAAAAUAAUUCGUAGUGAUGUAGUUUUGGGAAGAAAAAAAAAAUUUUAUAAAAAUAUUGCUUAUUAAUAUGUAAACUAUUUAGUACUUACAAACUAGCUGAAACGCUGUGAUUUUUAUUUACAAUAAAAAUUAAUAAUUAAUUUAUUGAUUUAAAAAAAACAAUAAAUUAAAAAUAUAAAUAUUUUUUAGCUGCUCUAUUAUAUAUUUGCAAUUUACUUUAAACUUUUUAAUUGUUUUAUUAUUAUAAUCAUAUAUAUUUAUAAUUAUAUAAUUUUAUGAAUGAAUAAUUGGUUGUAAAUUGUCAACAUAUCUUGAGUGAUCCUCAUCGAAAAAAAAAAAACAAUUAAAAUGAAUUAUUAAUUAAAUUUAUAUUAAAAUUAUAGUAUAUAGAUUUUAGUAUAUAAAUUAGUAAAGAGAAACAGAUUAACGUACGUUAAAAUUACACUAGGUAAAUAAAAUAAAAUAAUCAGUCUUAAAAAAAAACGCGAAUGACUUGUAUUGUCUAAAAAAAAAAAUCCUAUACAAUAAUUGUUGCCUGUAGAGAAUAAUUGAGAAACAUAAAAUAACGCAAACUAAAAUUUGCACUACGAUUAUUAUAAAUAAUAAUA